UGUUAGAUCCCUAAAUUCACACACAACGCAGCUAAAGAUCUCCUUUACUUUCUCUCUCUAAAACCAUUAUUUUCUCUCUCUAAAAAUUAUUUUUUUUAUAAAAUAUUUGUCUCUCCAUCCAUUCAUAACCCAAUUGUUUUGUUCUCAAUCUUCUCCUCUAAAAUCCCAAAUCGUCUCAAAAUUUUACAGUCGCUGUAAAUCACAACGCCGGAGCUUUUUCCGGCGAAAUCCAUCUCUCUCUGAUUAUUGUAAUCUUCAACCUUAAGAGACCAGGCUACAAAUUAGUCUUAUUCAAGUGGGCAACUGAAGUAAGAGAGGCAAUAAAUCUGUUUUAAAGUUAACAAUUUUGAGUGGUUAAUUGAACUGCUUAGUAAGAGACAUCACAUCAUCAGCUGGUGUAUAAAAAAAAUGUUGAAUUACAAUCUUCUCAUUCUUGAUUGGUAGCAGCUGGAAAAUUGAAGCUUGCAGCUUUCACCUUCUUCUUUUCCACCACAAAACCAGAGAAAGAAGCUUCUCCAUUUCCAUGGCAGUUGCUACAUCUGAAAGGUGGAUCGAUGGUCUACAAUUCUCAUCACUGUUUUGGCCCCCACCACCAGAUCCAGAACAAAGAAAGGCACAGAUCACAGCAUAUGUUGAUUAUUUGGGCCAAUUCACAUCAGAGCAAUUUCCUGAAGAUAUUGCUGAGUUGAUUCGCCAUCGAUAUCCAUCUACUGAAAAACGCCUGUUUGAUGAUGUGUUAGCAAUGUUUGUACUUCAUCACCCUGAGCAUGGACAUUCUGUUAUUCAUCCUAUAAUUUCAUGCAUCAUUGAUGGCACGAUUGAGUACGAUAGAAGCACUCCCCCAUUUGCUUCUUUCAUUUCAUUAAUCUGCCCAAGUGCUGAUAAUGAGUAUUCCGAACAAUGGGCAUUAGCAUGUGGAGAGAUUUUACGAAUAUUAACACAUUACAAUCGACCAAUUUUCAAAGUUGAACACCCACAUGGUGAAACAGAUAGAAGCAGCAGUGGUAGCCAAGCAUCAACAAGUAACCCUACAGAUGUUCAAUCCUCUUCUUCUUCUUCUUCUUCUUCUUCACCAUCUGGACACCAUGAAAGGAAACCACUAAGGCCUCUGUCUCCUUGGAUCACUGAUUUAUUGCUUGCUGCACCUUUAGGUAUCAGAAGUGACUACUUUCGUUGGUGUGGGGGUGUUAUGGGAAAAUACGCUGCAGGGGAACUGAAGCCACCUUCUCUUGUAAUGGCUUCUUCACGUGGAUCUGGAAAGCAUCCACAGUUAAUGCCAUCUACACCAAGGUGGGCUGUUGCUAAUGGAGCAGGUGUAAUUUUAAGUGUAUGUGAUGAGGAAGUUGCUCGUUAUGAAACCGCUACUCUAACUGCAGCUGCUGUUCCUGCUCUGUUACUUCCUCCUCCAACAACAGCCAUGGAUGAGCAUCUUGUUGCAGGGCUUCCUGCUUUAGAGCCUUAUGCAAGACUCUUCCAUAGAUACUAUGCUAUUGCUAGUCCAAGUGCUACUCAAAGACUUCUUCUUGGAUUAUUAGAAGCACCACCUUCAUGGGCUCCAGAUGCUCUUGAUGCUGCUGUUCAACUAGUCGAGCUUCUUAGGGCAGCUGAAGAUUAUGCAUCCGGGAUGCGGCUUCCUAGAAACUGGAUGCAUUUGCACUUCUUGCGUGCAAUUGGGACUGCAAUGUCAAUGAGAGCAGGGAUUGCAGCUGACUCAGCAGCUGCUUUACUUUUCCGGAUAUUGUCUCAACCGGCUUUGCUUUUUCCUCCUCUUAGACAAGUUGAAGGUGGUGAAGUCCAACAUGAACAGAUUAGUGGUUACAUUUCUAGCCAUAAAAAACAGAGACAAAUGCCAGUGGCUGAAGCAACGAUUGAAGCCACAGCCCAAGGGAUAGCUUCAAUGCUAUGUGCACAUGGACCCGAAGUUGAAUGGAGAAUAUGCACAAUAUGGGAAGCUGCAUACGGAUUAAUUCCUUUAAGUUCUUCCAUAAUCGAUCUUCCGGAAAUAAUCGUUGCAACACCUCUACAACCACCUAUCUUAUCAUGGAACCUCUACAUUCCUCUCCUCAAAGUUCUAGAAUAUCUCCCUCGCGGAAGCCCAUCAGAAGCAUGUCUCAUGAAAAUAUUCGUUGCAACAGUCGAAGCAAUUCUCCAAAGAACAUUUCCCGCUGAGUCACCAUCCCAACAAACAAGAAAAACACGAUUCGUUUUCGGCUCUGCCUCCAAAAAUCUAGCUGUCGCCGAGCUUCGCACGAUGGUCCACUCUCUGUUUCUAGAAUCCUGCGCCACGGUCGAGUUAUCUUCUCGAUUACUUUUCGUUGUAUUAACCGUCUGUGUCAGUCACGAAGCGCAACUUCACGUCGGAAAGAAGCAUUCCGAUUCCAGCCCGGAACCGGAGUUGGAAUCAGAAUCGUCGUCUCGGAAAAGAACAAACAAACAAGGACCCGUCGCCGCGUUCGAUUCCUACGUUCUCGCUGCGGUUUGUGCUCUCGCGUGCGAGCUUCAGCUCUUUCCGUUGAUUUCACGAGCAAGUAACCGUUCGAAUCUUAAAGAUGGUGAAAAACCAAGUCACGAAGUUAAAUCCAUGAACGGGAAUGGAAUUGGAAUCGGAACUGGAAAUGGAUUCCAGAGUAGUAUUGAUUCUGCGGUGAGUCAUACGCGACGUAUACUCGCGAUUCUGGAGGCGCUUUUUUCUUUAAAACCGUCUUCUGUUGGGACUUCUUGGAGUUACAGUUCGAAUGAGAUAGUAGCUGCUGCUAUGGUGGCAGCUCAUAUAUCCGAGCUUUUCAGAAGGUCUAAAGCUUGCACACAUGCUCUCUCGGUUUUAAUCCGGUGCAAAUGGGAUAAACAAAUUCAUUCUACAGCAUCUUCGCUUUAUAAUCUAAUUGAUAUUCAUAGUAAAGCAGUUGCAUCGAUAGUGAACAAAGCAGAACCACUGGAUAUUGUACAUGUAGCUAUAAAGGAUCCUCCUCCUGUAUCAUCAUCAUCAUCAUGCUUUAAUGGUAAAAGACAAAAUUCCUGUAUCACACAGAUUAAUGAUCCGGUUGCAACGAGUGUGAAGAAAGCUUCUAAGUUAUGUGAGGAGGGAGGAAUAAUGAGUUUCCCAUUCAAUGCUUCAGAGUUAGCCAACAUUCUCACAAUGGAUAGACACAUUGGGUUUAAUUGUAGUGCACGUGUUCUUUUGAGAUCAGUUUUAACAGAAAAACAAGAAUUAUGUUUUUCUGUUGUUUCCUUGUUGUGGCAUAAGAUGAUCGCAUCACCUGAAACACAACUUAAUGCAGUAAGCACAUCCGCUCAGCAAGGAUGGAGACAGGUGGUUGAUGCACUGUGUAAUGUGGUGGCAGCAUCGCCAACAACAGCUGCAACUGCGGUUGUUCUUCAGGCGGAGAGGGAAUUGCAGCCAUGGAUCGCGAAGGACGAUGAUGUGGGUCAAAAAAUGUGGAGAAUCAAUCAACGGAUUGUGAAGCUGAUUGUGGAGUUAAUGAGAAAUCAUGAAAAUCUCGAGUCAUUAGUGAUUCUCGCCACUGCCUUAGACCUCCUCCUACGUGCCACUGAUGGCAUGCUUGUUGAUGGUGAAGCAUGCACUUUACCACAACUUGAGCUUCUGGAAGCAACAGCUAGAGCAGUUCAGCCGGUGUUAGAGUGGGGAGAAUCCGGAUUGGCGGUUGCAGAUGGCCUCUCGAAUCUUCUCAAGUGUCGAGUGCCAGCUACUGUAAGGUGUUUAUCUCACGCGAGUGCUCAUGUACGCACACUGAGUGUGUCGGUUCUUAGAGCCAUUUUGAAUGUUGGUUGUAUAAAAGUGAAACAAAGUGGUGAACAAGUUAAUAUAGGUAGUAGCAGACAUGUUGCGUACAUGAGUGGUGAUGUCAUCGAUUGGGAAGCUGACCUGGCAAAGUGUUUGACGUGGGAAGCUCAUAGCCGGAUGGCAACUGGGAUGCCAAUUGAAUAUCUUGAGACUGCUUCUAAGGAAUUGGGAUGCCCGAUUUUUGUCUAAGGAUUGUUGAUGGCUGUAUAGUACCAUGAUAUGAUAUGCCCAAACUUGAUUUAUUUUCAUAGACUUGAAAGGUGAUUGUUUAUUUAUAAAUAGAGACCAACCUCGCCUUUGGUUGUUGAGGUAUUUUGAUUUGUAAUCUAUUUUUACUUUUGACAAAUUGAUCUUGGACUUUUUGUUAUAUAGGUGAAAGUAUUACAGUA